CAGAGAGGUGGAGGGUGGAGUUCCGGUCGACCGGUCCGCGCAGAGGCUGUGCUCCGAGUUCUCUCCUGCAGCAGUUGUGGGUUCUCUGAUGAGGUUGACAUUGCAUGGUGUCAUAAGUGAUCUGAAGGCGCCAACCACUUGAACUUCCGGGAUCAAGUGAGGUUCCUGCACUUGAGUCCUUUGCACUGUUUGCUUCUGUGAGUCGCUGUAACUUUCAGUUUGAUUUUUACUACCCUUGGAUGCACUCCUGAUAUGGAGAAGAUUGAGGAACAAUUUGCGAAUUUGAACAUUGUUAAACGUUCCUCAGAAACUAAAGAGCCUACUUAUCUGCUUGGCAUAGACACAUCAAAGACUGUACAAGCAGAAAAAGGAAGCUUGGUUGCUGUUUUAUGUUCUAAUGGAUCAAUCAGAAUAUAUGAUAAAGAAAGAUUAAAUGUACUGCGAGAAUUUAGAGGAUAUCCUGGACUUAAUGGAGUCAAGUUUGCAAAUUCCUGUGACAGCGUGUAUUCCUCAUGCACUGAUGGCACUGUAAAAUGUUGGGAUGCUCGAUUAGCCAGUGAAAAACCUGUCCAGCUGUUCAAGGGUUACCCUUCCAAUAUUUUUAUCAGUUUUGAUAUCAGCUGUAAUGAUCAUGUCAUUUGUGCUGGUACAGAAAAAGUUGAUGAUGAUGCAUUGUUGGUAUUUUGGGAUGCAAGAAUUAAUUCUCAGGAUUUGUCUACUACUAAAGACCCACUUGGUGCAUAUUCAGAGACACAUAGUGAUGAUAUCACUCAAGUAUGUUUCCAUCCCAGCAAUCCCAACAUGGUAGUCUCAGGUUCAACUGACGGCCUGGUAAAUGUAUUUGAUAUUACUGUUGACAAUGAAGAAGAUGCACUGGUUACAACCUGUAACUCAGUUUCAUCAGUAAGCUAUAUUGGUUGGUCUGGGAAAGAUUAUAAACAGAUUUACUGCAUGACACAUGAUGAAGGAUUUUGCUGGUGGGAUCUUAAUCAUCUGGAUACCAAUGAACCAAUUACAUGUUUGAACAUCCCGGAUGUCAGAGAAGUAAUUAAUGUGAAAGAAGGGAUUUUGGACUAUUUGAUUGGCGGCCUAUAUCAUGAAAAGACAGACAAAUUGUUUGUAGUUGGAGGAACAAACACAGGAAUUAUUCACAUAAUGAGCUGUACUACAUCAGGAUUGGUGCAUGUGACCACGCUUCAGGGAGGGCAUGCUGCUACAGUCCGUUCUUUCUGUUGGAAUAUGCAGGAUGAUUCUUUGCUAACUGGAGGAGAAGAUGCACAGUUGUUACUUUGGAAACCUGGAGCAGUAGAGAAGACGCUUACAAAGAAAGACAGCAUGAAAAUAGCAUCCUCUGUGUACCAGCGAGUUCGAGUUCAUAGUAAUGAUUCUUAUAAGAAAAGGAAAAAGCAGUGAUGUUACAUUGGGAGUUUACUUGACAGGUUUUAUAGUUGCAAAUAAUUAUUUCUGUGUACUACCUGUUGUAGACGUGUUUAAAGCUCAUAUGUAAAUAAAAACAAGCCAGUUAGCAAACAGUCCUGAAAAAAUGUUGAGAAUGGUUUAAUUCAGGUCUUUGUGUAUUCCAAAAUUAUUUUUUUUAAGCUGCCAUUUGAGUAUGUAAUCAGUGAGUUGAAAGUAAAAUUACAUUCCUCAUUUUAAAAACCCAUCUGUUGAAUUAGUAAAUGUUGAGUUUGAAGAAAUAGCUUUGAUAAAGGCUUUUUAGAAGUAGAUGGCUGGUGUGACUUUAUAAAACAGGUGGUUUGGGCUGUGUUUUUUAAGCUCAAUUUUUUACAUUUUAAAUCAUCUUCAUUAUUUAUAAA